GAAGAACCGUCAGAAUGUUCGUGUGUCGCGAUGCGGUUUGGUCGCGUCCUCGUCGUUGUCCGCAGUCGAGUUAAAAAUUUUUCUUUUAUUUAAAUAGACUUUUCUUGCAUACAAACAAUUAGGACCACCUUCAUCCGAACAGUCUGUGGAAAGUGUUGGAAUUUACGAUAAAUUGAUUGUGAUGUGAAAAGUGUGUAACGAGGAAACGUCAAAGAAAAUCCAGAAGGGAAAACUGCCGGCCCUAGAUCUGCAUCUCGCGUUCUUCACAGGAAAACUUGAGUGAAAGUCAGUAAAGUUCUAGUGAUUGUUCUAGUCACUGUGUUGGGUGCAAGUGGAAAUCUCUUGGAAGUUACAGAACCGGGGGGUGGACAAACGGGAAAGGACGAAAGGCUGAGGUUGUUAUUGCGACGCAUUCCGGACGAGUUUUCUCAUUUUCUUCAGGAAUUAUCUGAUUUCGGGGGAGCCAGGAGGAAAAUUCGAUUGUAAUUGUGCAACGAGAGCAUCUUCCGAGACAUCCGAGCGGAUCAGUUGCAACGCAAAACAAAGGGAAAACGCAGUACGGGGUGGUGACUUGCAUUUCUGUUGCCUUGCGACCGGUACGGGGUGGCUGCCUGGCCGCCUGCCGUGACGUGGGGGUGCUCCUUGCGCUGUUCAACAGGAAACGAUUUUCCGCGAGACUAUUCAUAUAGAAUUGUGUUGCAAGAUUGCAACGCGCCGUCGAGCUCUGAAGUUUCCAAUCAGACGAAUCAGUCGUGCAAAAGCUCUCAGAUUAGUCAGCCCUUAACGAGUGGCGUGCCGGGGUGCCCUCGGACUGUAGAGUUUCUAGUGUGCUUUGAGGCGAAGGAGUGCACUUGCAGUAUCCGCUUGUCGACGACCGGCGAUAGAAUCUCACUUUCAUUUGCACUCGGGGAAGCAUAAAGUUCACACACUUCGUUGUUCUAAGGGAAUUGUUGAAGUGAAGAUACCCUCCCCCCUCCACAUCCUGUUUGUUAUUCAGGGAAGAUUCCCAACCGCGAAAAGUCUCUAAAUUUUCCUCUUUGAAUCCCAUCUCUCAAUUUUCCUGCUCAUAUCCUGGCACCCUUUAAUUUCAUUUGAACAUUUCUUCUGAGAUUUGAACGAAGUAAUUCGAGCUAGAAUCCUUUCCGGGAAUUCAGCCAUCGUUCUUUCAACCAACCCGGGACUCUUGCAGCUCCCCAGUCGGCAUUAAUGGUGGUAAAUAUGAAAACAAACAAUCGAAAGUAUGAGAAAUUGCCCCAAGAUGCUGAUCGAAACUAUGGAAGCGGCGUAGAGGACGAUCAGGACGAGAACGAGCGACGAGGAGGCGGCGGCGGCGGUGGUGGUGGAGGUAACGGCGGCGGAGGAGCGGGAGUGAUUGGACGUGCGUCUGAGAAGGGUUUGGACGGAAAGGCCAAAUCUAAAUCUUUGGAGGCGAACGGCGACGACGACGGUUUCAUGCUGCGCAAACGUAAGGCCAAUCACUCCCGUUCGAAGAAGAGCGGUGGUAAUUUCACAUCCGACAUGCUUCUAACAACUGCCGAAUCAUCAUGCUACAGUGCACAGGACAUCGCGGGCAGACUACAAGUUGACAUACGAACCGGCCUCCGUUGGUGUGAGGCCAAGUAUCGAUCAAAAAUCGUUGGAUACAAUGAGCUCAACGUCAUCGAGGACGAUCCAACCUGGAAGAAGUACAUUGAACAAUUCAAAAAUCCUCUCAUCCUACUACUUUUAGGAUCGGCACUUGUCUCAGUGUUUAUGAAACAAUUCGAUGAUGCCGUUAGCAUUACAAUAGCAAUAUUAAUCGUAGUAACAGUAGCAUUUAUUCAAGAGUAUCGUUCAGAGAAAAGUUUGGAAGAGCUGAAGAAAUUAGUACCACCAGAAUGUCAUUGUUUGCGCGAAGGACGAAUGGAGACGUUUCUGGCGAGAGAAUUGGUACCAGGGGAUAUCGUUUAUUUGAAUGUUGGAGAUCGGGUACCAGCUGAUAUUAGACUGUUCGAAGCAAUUGACUUGUCAAUCGAUGAAUCAAGUUUUACUGGAGAGACUGAACCCUCGCGUAAGAGUACGGAGGUGCUCUUCAAUCAUACAAACAGUAAGGAUCAUACGACAAUGAAGAAUAUUGCUUUCAUGGGUACUCUAGUGCGGUGUGGAAAUGGAAAGGGCAUUGUAGUAAGCACCGGAGAACGUAGUGAAUUUGGUGAAGUGUUCAAAAUGAUGCAAGCGGAGGAAGCACCGAAAACACCCCUACAAAAAUCCAUGGAUAUAUUGGGCGCCCAACUGAGUUUCUACUCGUUCAUCAUUAUUGGCGUCAUUAUGCUACUCGGCUGGCUACAAGGCAAAGCUCUCAAUGAUAUGUUCAACAUUAGCGUAAGUUUGGCGGUGGCCGCCAUCCCAGAAGGACUACCAAUCGUAGUGACGGUCACCCUGGCUCUUGGAGUGAUGCGAAUGGCUAAGAGGAAUUGCAUUGUGAAAAAACUUCCAACCGUGGAAACGUUGGGCUGUGUGAACGUAAUCUGUUCCGACAAGACCGGGACGAUAACGAAAAACGAAAUGACGGUUACGGUAAUUAUCACGUCCGAUGGGUAUAUGGCCGAUGUAACAGGUGCAGGAUAUAAUGAUAAUGGGGAGAUUCAUAUCCGUAAGUGUAAUAGUGUGGACAUGGCGAAACAGAAUAUUAGCAACCUUUUGGAAGCCGGUUCCGUGUGUAAUAACGCCAUUAUCCAAAAUGAAACGUUGCUAGGUCAACCGACUGAAGGAGCGCUUCUUGCUGUCGCGAUGAAAAAUGGCAUGUACUCGGCUGCCGAUAAUUAUAUUCGUAUUCAAGAGUAUCCCUUCACUUCGGAACAGAAAAUGAUGGCUGUGAAAUGCGUACAUAAAUACAAUAAUAAUAAGGAAGAAAUCUUCUUCGUGAAGGGUGCUAUGGAAAUCCUUUUGCCACAAUGUACUAAAUAUAUUUAUGGAUCACAAGUUGUUCCGUUGACAAAGAAAAACGAGGCAGAGUUCAUGGCCGAGGCAUAUGAAAUAGGACGUAAAGGAUUGAGAGUAUUGGCAAUUGCCAAAGGAAAAUCACUACAGGAUUUGAUCUAUUUAGGACUUGUCGGAAUUACGGAUCCACCACGACCGCUGGUACGGGAAUCAAUUGAAAUUCUGAUGCAAAGUGGUGUCCGAGUCAAAAUGGUUACUGGAGAUUCACAAGAGACCGCUAUUGCUGUUGCAAAUCUCAUCGGUCUGGAUACUGUGCAUCAACAAGCCAUCUCUGGCCAAGAGCUGGAUAAAUUGAAUGAAAUGCAACUUGAAAAAGUCAUAAAUAAUGUCAGCGUGUUCUAUCGUGUGACCCCACGGCAUAAAUUAUCAAUAGUUAAAGCGCUCCAGCACACUGGCAAUAUUGUUGGUAUGACCGGGGAUGGUGUCAAUGACGGGGUCGCAUUAAAACGUGCAGACAUUGGAAUUGCAAUGGGCAAAAAUGGAACGGAUGUUUGCAAAGAGGCAGCUGAUAUGAUAUUUGUAAAUGAUGACUUUCAUACGAUUAUUGCCGCAAUCGAAGAAGGCAAGUCCAUCUUCUACAACAUUCGAAACUUCGUCCGGUUCCAGCUCAGUACAUCGAUUGCAGCAUUAUCGUUGAUAGCACUAGCCACACUGAUGGGUAUCGCGAACCCCCUGAACGCUAUGCAGAUUCUCUGGAUCAACAUCAUCAUGGACGGCCCACCGGCUCAAUCACUUGGCGUUGAGCCAGUCGAUCAGGACGUCCUCAAGCAGAAACCUCGUAGCGUCAAACAACACAUGAUCACAAAAUCUCUAGUGGUAAAUGUUUUGCUCAGUGCGAGUAUUAUUAUCCUGGGCACCCUCUGGGUAUUCCAGCGGGAACUGGAGGACGGCUCGGCCGGUAGGAAUAAGCGUGACACAACCAUGACAUUCACAUGUUUUGUCUUUUUCGAUAUGUUCAAUGCGCUCAGUUGUCGAUCACAAACGAAAAGUGUAUUCAAAAUUGGUUUGACCUCGAAUAAGAUGUUUCUACUGGCCGUUGCGUUCUCUGUAAUUGGGCAGCUUUUGGUUAUUUAUUUUCCACCAUUGCAAAUGGUCUUUCAAACAGAAGCACUGAGCGCCUAUGAUCUCCUGUUUUUGGUCAGUCUAACGUCCUCAGUGUUUGUUGUUUCGGAAAUUAAGAAAUGGUUUGAACGUACAAUGGAACGAAAAUUAUACAAGUCACGAACUGAGUUGGAAUUUGUAUGACAAAACGCAAGCGACGCUAGAAGAGUAUCAAAAAGUGAUUAAAAUGGAGAAGAAAAAUAAUUAAUUCAAAAAAGAGAGUAUAAAUAUCUAAGGUUUAAAAUAGAAUGGAAAACAGACAAAACAAAUACACAUACAAAAAUAAACUCUGAAUACGAUGAGCAUUCUUGGUUUUUAGGUAAAGUUACUAUAAUUUACAGAGAAUUAAAGGGAAUUUAUUUUGUAUAUUACGUUUUGAUAGAAACAAUGCGACAAACGAGAGUUCUUAACGUUAAGUCUUUUUUCCUUUCGAAUUUCCUUGUCUAGGGUUGUCGCCUAGUUGAGGGUUGAGUUUGGAAGAUACUUGGGGGAAACACUCGCUAAAGAUUUCGUUCAUCACUGCUGGACACAGCAAGAUGGUGGACAGGAUGGUGGAGUCGCCUUUUCGGUCUUUCAAAACUCUCUCUCCUAGCGCGGGGCCACAUGAACCCACGAAUAUAGUUUUCCUCUCUCCAACUUGAAUCGUGUCACUGUUUGUUUUCAUCUGGAAUUUAAGAAAUAAGUAUUUAUUAUUGUGUUCCCUUCUAUCCUUGUCCUUGUUAAGUUACAUUAUUAUUUGUCCUUCCACUGUCCCAUUCGGUAAUAAACUCAUCAACACUUGUAAGAAUUUAGUUUCAACUCUUUAUCUUUUCUGUUGUAUUUAUUCCUGUUUGAGUUACUUUAGUUUGUUUGCAAAGGAUCUGUAGUUGAGAUAGUGUCCUUUAGUUAAGUUGUUGCUUUAAAAUGAUUUUCCUUCUUGAUUUUUUUUCGAGAUAAGCUUAAAUAUGAAAUGAGAAACUUUUGAGACUUAUAGUUUUGUAAAGAUUUUGUUUUAUUUUUUUUAAGGAUGAUAUUAUUAAAAAUUGAUUGAAUUCGUAUCCUUGGGAUUUUUAUUUAUUUGAUUAGUUCAGAGUUUCGUUUGAUUGCGUUUUCUUCUAGGCCAGUUGAUUAUUUGGUAAGGGUAUUAUGUGAUAUAGUUUUAAGCAUUAACAAGUUUUUUUUAGGCAGUAGCACCUGAUUUUACCCAUUAUCCAGUUCUAUAUUAUUUAAAUGUUGUGUGAGUGUCAAAUAUGAUCAGAUUUAAGGCAAAACCUGCUUGAAUAACAUUAUUUUAUCCCACCUAAUUCCGACUAUCUUGCAUUGUUGUUCGAUCCCCUCCGUUUUUCGUCUCCUCCAUUUAAUUUUUAUCUACCCUCCUUUUUGUUUCCAACUCCUCCAAAAUUUUUAAAAAUCCUGACCAAACGUAAUACAGUCCCGAAAUGAUACAAUACUGAAACAUAACAACAGAAAUUGAAGCAAUAGAAUACAAUAACAUCCUCAGAGAAAGAAUGCUGAAAAUGAUACCAAAAGCAUUGAAUAAACAAUCACUUCUAGCGUGCGUUGAAUAUAAAAAUUUUUGAAAAAUUUAAUUGAAGAAAAUUGACUAAGAACAAUAGAUGGUGUAGGUAAUAAGAGAAUUUUAAAGAAGAAAUUUUAAUGAAAUAGGAAUUAUAUAAGUCACAGCGUGCACAUUUGCACAUUUUUUAGAUUUGCAAUAGGCAACGUUUUAGUGAAAGAGGCUUGUCCCGCUUUCUUUGUGCGAAUUUAGCGAUUGAAUUGUUUACUCCACAAACGGUCUAAUGUGCUGCUUCAUUUAAGCAUAGAUAACUAGAGAUUGUUAGAUUGUUAGAUGCUUGUAGUUUUGUUGUGGCUUGGAUCGUCUACAUAUAGCUGAAGGCAAUGGAAUAAUUUCGGCCAGCUGAAUGUACUCUUAUAGCGUCUUCAUUAAUGUUUCUUCAGUAGUUAAUAAAAUUAAGUCCGAAGACUACCAGCAAAAAAAAAACUAAAGAGAAAAAUCUCAACCCACAACCAAGUAGGUCUCAUCAUAAGUAAACCCAAUCUCUACCUUCAAAAUAGCAUCUACGAUAUGGCUGCACUUAGAUUGAAGAAAUCUUCCAAACUAUUUUACCCAUUUAUGUGUAUUUCUACUUUCUUUGUCUUCGUCUCUUCUUCUUCUUUAGCCUUUGUCCCGUUCACAAGCGGAGUGGACUCGCUUUGGUCGGUUGCGCCAUUUUGCUCUGCCAAAUGCCUGAUCUAACUGCAAUCGCGAGGCUUUCAAAUCACCAUCCCGCAUAUCAAGACAUUUUGGGGUACUGAUUUCCCCCCAAUAAACUAAAAGAAACAUUUUUUAUUUGUAAAAUGUUUCAUUACUUAUCACAGAUUUACUAUUUCAUUAAUUAGAUAAACUAACGCUUGAAAAACUUUAUUUUUAUCGACCUUGACUGGUUGACGGACAGGGCUCGAGUGUUCAAAUUUCACUUUUGAUAUUUGUCAUCCCAGUCUCUUGUCGGGCCACCAGCACAAUGGCGCUCAGGUCCGCUUCUCCGCUGUGCCGCCACAUCACUCCGCUCCCAGCUGAAGCCGCGCGGAUCAGCGAAGCAAGCUGACCCUGUGAUCCCGUCAAUGAGGGUCACUAGGCGAAUCUGACACACCACGGGCGCUUUUUUGAAGCGGCCGCCGGGUUGUCGGGGAGGCCUUCAGCCUCGAAAAACGAGACUCAUUUGGGCCCGGCUCGAAUGUAGAGCUUCAACGAAUGUUCGCCCCGUUCCAGCACUCUAAAAGGACCUUCGUAUGGUGGUUGCCGCGGGCUCCGAGUAGCGUCCACCCUAAUAAGGCCCUGCGUAGACGUCUUAAGGUCCCUAGGGUAUUGACCUCCGUUGUCGCGUGUCGGGACGAUGGAAACUCCGCAGCAUUCUUGAUACCCUUAACCCUGCUCUGAUGCCCAGCACAGGAUCGGCGAGGAGGCACAGAUUCUCUCCGUACACCAUCUCCGCGGGACUGGCCGUGAACUCCUCUCGAUGGGCUAUGCGAAGGCCGAAAGGCAAGGACCAUGACCAUGACGGAUCGUCGCGCGCCAUUAAGGCGACCUUCAGCGUCCGGUGCCAACGUUCCAACAUAUCUUUGGACUGUGGAUGGUAUGCAGUAGUCCUAUGCCGUUUGAAGCCAAGGAGCUUGCCUAAUUCCACGAAAAAAGUAGACUUGAAUUGCAUGGCCCGUGAUGAUUACGGCUGGAAAACCAAAGCGUGGAAGUCACUUUCGACAGAGGGCCUCGGCACAUGGUUGUGCAGUAAUGUUAGGCAAAGGUAUUGCUUCAGGCCACCGCGUAAACCGGUCGAUGAUUGUGAGACAAUACUUGUAUCGGUGCGAGUUUCCUAAAGGGCCAAUGAAGUCGAGAUGGAUGGUGUGGAAGCGCUUGGUUGACCUAGAGAAUACACCUACUUCCUUUCGAACGUGCUUGUUAACUUUGCACUUCUGACACGUGAUCCACUGUCUGGCCCAAGAGUUAGCGUCCUUGUUCAUGAACGAUCAGAAGCAUUUAUCAGUGACUAACCGGUUCGUCGUCCUGAUGCUUAGAUUCUGAAGAUCGUGUAUUGCUUUAAAUACUUCCCUGCGAAAAUCGGCCGAAAUGAAGGGCCUGGGUUCCUAAUCUGAGGUCUCGCAGAGUAAAUGAAAGUUUGAGCCGAAAAUCGGAAACUCCUUGAAUUUGGAGUUUGCCUUCAGGCACUAAAGCUCUGCGUCGUCCGUUUGUGCCUCGCGAAUGCCCUAUAAUCGACCACGGCGGGAACUGUAACCUCCUGUAAAAUUGCCUUUUCCACUGUGUUAGAUAUCAGAAGUAAACUAACGAAGUUGACGAGGGUACGCUUUGGCGGGCGUUUGUCUAAAUGCGAAAGUAAGGGGCUUGUGAUCUGUGAACACGGUGAACAGGCUGCCCUCAAGGAAGAAACGGAAGUGAGUAACUCAUGAUCGGAGGCGCUGUAGCUGCUUUGAGCUGGGUUAAGCUGUUUUGAAUAGAAGCUCCACGGCUGUCAGAUUCGAUUCACCCUUUGGUGAAAAGUGGCGCCUACCACUGUAUCUGAGGCAUUGACGAAUACAGAUAGGGGUGAAUCUGGCUGAGGAAAUGAGAGCAGUGUUGCAUGAACAUGCUGUUGUUUGACCGACUCCAACGCAUGGACGGCCUCAGCAGACCAGACGACCUCGCGGGAGUCUUUAAUUUUGGGCCCAGAGAAGUAAGCGUUCAGGAUCGCUUGGUCAUCAGCGGCCUUGGGCAAGAAACGACGAUAGAACUUUAACAUGCCCAAGAAUCUUCGCACAUCCUUUGCCGUGGUUGGUAGGGGAAAGCUCUUUAUUGCUUCAACCUUGUCUGGGUCAGGUUAGAUACCGUCCGGGGUUACCAAGUGGCUGAGAAAUUUGACCUGCCUAUGGAGGAACCUACAUCUCUCAAAAGGACAAGUCUGAUCUCAAGGAGACGUUGAAAAAUUUUGAAGAGCAAGCGACGAAAACAUCAUCCAUGUAGACGAAACAAAAGUUCAAGUUUCGUAAGACAGAGUGCGUGAAACUCUGCGCACCGUUGGACAAGUCGAAAGUCUGCCUAGUGAACUCGAAGAGUCUGAAAUAACUGUCUUCGGGAGCGACAGGGAUUUGGUGAUACGCCUUGCCUAGAUACAAGGUCGUAAAAACACGGCAGUUCGUAAGCGAUUGCGCAAAAUCAUAGAUGAGUGGAAUGGGAUAUUAGUCUGGAAUUGUCUGAGCAUCCAGACGCCUAUAACCUCCACAUGGUCGCCAUUCGUCGUUUGGCUUAGGAGGAGGAGAGAGGAGACGACCAACAGCCAUUGGCUGGUCUGCAGGUACUCUGUUUCAUCAAGUCUUCAAACUCUUUUUACGCAACAGCAAGUUUCUGGGGUGAAAGUGGACGCACUUUUGAGAAGAUUGGAGAGCCGGUAGUGUUGUAGUGCUGCACGCUGUUCGAUACUUUCUGAGGAGUGCGCGAAUGCGAUGGUCGGCAACAUUCUCCAAAAUUAUCGUAAGAGUGUCAUUUUGACAGGUAGAAAUUUUCCCUGACGCCUGUAAUGAGGUUACGGGGUCUAUCAAAGCCUUGUUCUGCAAGUCCAACAGAAGCUCAUAGUGACAUAGGAAGCCUGCGCCUAAUAUAGUGAUGCUUAUGUCUGCCAGAAUGAAACGUCACGAAAACGUUCGGCGCAGUCCGAGACACAUGUCUACCUGCCUAUAGCCAUAGGUGCGGCCGGUAUGGUAUUCGGACGGGGUAUAGGGAGAACCGUCACCUCAGCGCCCGUGUCGACCAGGAAGCAACGUCUGCUUAGGGACUCGAAGAUUAGAAGGCGACGUGGUACUGUGCAUCUGGUAGCCGUCUCCGAGGCACUCAGUGAGCCUAGUUUUUUGUUGCAUUGAACAUGCAUCCGGUGGUACAUUUAGUCAAUGAAGUUCCGUAUUUAUGAUGGAUCCGCGACUACGGGGUGCGCGUACAUCUCGUGCACUUUAUCGGCCGUGACGGCCAAUACCUCCAACGAUCCAGAUUCCGCGCAGACCAAGAUGUCGUGGAUACUCUUCGAGGGCCGCAGCAGGCAGAGGAACUUCAGCAGUUCUGAUCCAACCAUAUCUCCACUCAACUGCGCCAUUUCCCUAAGCAACUAGCUAGGGGUACGAUCGCGUAAUGCCAGCUCAUUUAGCAAGUGAUUCAGCUUUACUUCCUUACUUACUGAAAGGUGCCGAAUUAGCUGCUCCUUUAGGCGGACGUAUGAGCAUUCCUCAAGCUAGUCCAUAACAAGCUCAAUGGUCUCCUCGUCGAGACCAAUGAAUGCGUGGUUGAACCUGAUGGAGUUCGCCAUGACGCCCGCCAACGCAAAUUGCGCUUCCAGUUGUCGGAACCAUGCAGUCGGAUUGCGGCGUCCAAAGGGAGGCAGCCUAACCGCAACUGCAGGUAGCGGCGAUAUCGCGCCCUCCGCGAAUUUCUCCUCGCGCGACAUACUCUUACUGUUUCAGGGGCGGCGGCGACGGGUCGACUUCGGUCAAUUUUCAAAGCAAAUAGCAUCUCUCAGCACUCGUUUCUAAUUUUCAAUUUUACAAGCUUCUUCUCUAAGUGAUUCUCGUCGCGCUGGCGGUCUUAGUCUUCAUUUUUCGCCUUGGUCUCCUGCCGUUAGCCAGUCAAUGCGGCGGCAGAGGCGAAUUCGCGGUGGCGUUCAAGUUCGCGUCUACGAUGUGCCGCCGCAUCUUCAAAGUACUUAACAUAUGGCUCAAUAUUUUGCCAAACACAAUGCGUGGUUGCAUCCAAACCGUCGGAUCAAUUAAAAUAGUUUAACGAUUUGCGAGUGGAGUUGUCUCCUUUCAACGACUGGAUGUUUCGUCAAUCAAAAUACUAUGGUAAGCAAUGUUUUAGAUUCUCGAUCGGUACUGAGAAUUGAUGAUAGCAGAGCAUUGUAGUUAGUAGCCCAUAUCUUCAAAUUGAUACCUCCCCGUUCGAAUACUGUCAUCAAACCUUGCUGCAAACUUUCACUUGUUCGAUAGUAUCUUUUCAGAUGAGCACGCCGUUCACAUGAAAAUCGUCAAAGAUGGCUUGACAUACUUGAGGAUACUUCAACUUUUCUUUUUCAGCUAAUUGUCGUACUAUAUGUAACCCUACAUAUGGGGCGCCAUUGGCCGACUCCAGCGGUUGAAUGGCGGACGUCAAAAUGGACGCUCAUCCUUCCACUGUAAUGCAGUUUUCUACUGGCCUUUAAAUCCUAGGAGCUUUCCGAGUUGCGAAAACAGAGAAGAUUUGAAUUGCAUUCCUUGACCUAUGAUAAUUACGGCGAAAACACCAAAGCGCGGAAUUCACUCUCGACAGAGGACCUCAAAGAUCGUGAGGCAAUACUUGUAGCUCUGCGAGCCCCGCAAAGGACCUACAAUGUCGAAGUGUAUGGUAUGGAUGCAAUUUUUUGGUUUAGGAAAUGGUUCUACUUCCUUUCUAGCAUGCCUAGUGACCUAACACUUCUAGCACGUGUUGCACUCUCCGACUCAAAAAUUCACGUCCUUAUUUAUGAAAGGCCAAAAAUACUUGCUGGAGACUAACCUGCUCGCAAGAUCGCGUACCGAGCUAAACACUUCCUAACGGAGUGGUCUGAAUAUAUGCCCUAGAUCCCUCUUCCGGAGAUCUUGCAGCAGAUAGAGGAAGAUGAGCGAAAAACAGGGAACUCCUUGAACUUGUAUCUGAAGUCCAACGGCAGGCUCUGAAGAACUGCAUCUUUGAUUGCUGAAAAAUCGGCUGUGGCUGGGAUGUUGAUCUCGAAGAUCCGGGAUUUAUCAGCGUCAGCGGGUAAGUUGUCUUUCCCGGAUAUAUGUUGAAUGUCCGAUGUAAAUUGACCGAUGAAGGUUAAAUUUCGAAGUUGGCGAGGGGGCGC